AUGCAAGGGCAAACUUUUCAGGUUCACGUUGAGCCAAAGUGUGUGAGUGGGGCUGAGCCGUAUUACCUGCAUCUAAGCUUGAUGGAACACGACGAAAGUAAUGCAAACGAUGUUGAAGACGGAAAACUAUGUGAGAAAGGAUGCACGCUGAGAACAAACGACAACGACGAUGCGGGACCGCGCAUGGAAUUCUACCUCAAAGCCUCAUUCAAAUGUGCCAUCUGGGAUCAAGUCGUCGAGCAUUGUUUUCAUUUCGACUACACUUAUCAAAAUGUGGACUACACAAGCAUCGUCGAGCUUCAUCUUUCCCAAAGCCAUAAGAGUGGUGAUUGGUGGAAAUCUGACAACGUG